AUGAGUAUCGAUAUUUUUGGUCGGUCACUACCAACUGGUGCUGCAAUCAGUGGACCACCAGGACCACCUGGACGAGGAUUUCAAAUAACUGUUGAUGGACAGUAUGAUGUUGAGAGCAAAAGACUGUGUCAUGUUGGCAAGCCUGCUGAAGAUAAUGAUGCAGCAACCGUCAAAUUUACACGUGAUCUUGUUCACAAAGAGCUGUCUCUAAUGUAUGAUAGUAUGAGGAAUGAUCAGUCAGAAAUCAUUUCACACUUGCACUCUCAAGUGGUAACACUGGAUUCUAUUGUGACGCUUUCAAGAAAAGAAAAUCAAGAAUUAAAAGUUAUAAUAAAACCGUAUGAGCUGCACAGACCAGCACGCAGAAAUUACCAACGUCGUCAUGUUGACAUACGAGCACUUGAUGAAACUUGGCAAGCUGAUCUAGUUGAAACGAUUCCUUGUGCAACAGUUAAUAAAGAAAACAAAUAUCUGCUAACUGUCAUAGAUAUUUUUUCAAAGUAUGCUUGGGCUGUACCGAUUAAAAGUAAAAGUGGCAGUGAUGUCACUAGUGCAAUGAAAUCUAUAUUUCAACAAGGACGUGUACCAAAAAAUCUGCAUGUUGACCAAGGCAAAGAAUUUUACAAUAAAGAAUUUCAAGAACUGAUGAAACGUAAAAACAUCAACAUGUACUCAAUAUUCAGCAACUUGAAGGCAUCAAUAUGUGAACGUUUUAAUCGAACACUUAAGAAUAACAUGUGGCGUCAAUUCACUAAACAUCGUACUAUUCAACUGGAACCUAUUGAUGUAACUGCUAAAAAUGAAAAGCAGAUAUUUGAAAAAAUAUACAAACCUCUUCAAGAUCAGCGGCAAGCACGAAAAAAUAAAUUCAAAGUUGGAGACAAAGUUCGAAUCAGCAAGUACAAACAUGUAUUUGAAAAAGGCUACACACCCAACUGGACCACUGAAAUUUUUACAAUCAAGACAGUGCAGAAUACAAAUCCAACAACGUACAAACUUGUAGACAAUCAAGAUAAGCCAAUUGAAGGAUUUUAUGUUGAAGAACUCAGCAAAGUCAAGCAUCCAGAUGUCUAUCUAAUAGAAAAAAUUAUAAAAAAACGUGGAAAUAAAUUAUAUGUAAAGUGGCUCGGCUUCGACAGCUCUCACAACACCUGGAUUGAUAAAUCAGACCUGUAA